CUGUCAAAAUAGCUUUACUGACCAUCACAUUGUCGCGCCACGUAAUUUAAUUUUUAUGAAUGAAAAUCGGUGAUAGUGUUGUGUGAAAGUGUUCGUCUGACGUAAUGACGAGGAAAUCUGAUCCAGACAGAUUCAAUGUCACAAAAGAUGCUUUGCUACCGGGGUUGUUUUUCGCUUUGCUGGUGCGGUGGUGUGUAGCUGGAUAUCCUUACUCAGGAUACAAGAAACCGCCCAUGUAUGGCGAUUACGAAGCUCAAAGACACUGGCAAGAGAUCACAGUACACACGCCGAUAUCGAAUUGGUAUCAGAAUACUACUCAAAAUGAUUUGCAAUAUUGGGGGUUAGAUUACCCUCCGCUCACGGCCUACCACAGCCUUCUCAUGGGCUUGGUCGCAGAUUGGCUGGAUCCCGAGUCCGUGCGUCUGUUUGCGUCGAGAGGUUAUGAAAAUGAUUCUCAUAAAACUUUCAUGAGAUGGACCGUGUUUCUCAGUGAUGUGUACUUCUAUGUGACUGCUGUGUUGUGCAUUUGUAUAGAUGCGGAACGCGUGAAGCCCAAAGAGUCCAAAAACGUGUUUAAACGCAUGGACAUUGCGACCAUUCUUUUCCUUUUGUAUCCUGGCUUGAUUCUCAUUGACCAUGGUCAUUUCCAAUAUAACUGUGUGUCAUUAGGAUUAUUUUUGUGGGCAACCUUCUUUAUCAUUGCCAUAGAGAAUGAUGUGUUAGCAACAAUAUUUUUUAUUCUCGCAAUAAACUAUAAACAAAUGGAACUGUACCAUUCCAUGCCAUUUUUCGUGUACUUACUAAGAAAAUGUUUCAUCGGUGUGCCACCAAAAAGAAGAUAUAUGUACAUAUUAAGUAAAUUUAAUAAGCUGGCUAUUGUUGUUGUGUCUUCUUUUGUAUUGAUUUGGUAUCCGUUUACGGGAUCGUGGAAAACAGUACUUCAAGUAAUACAUAGAGUGUUUCCCCUGAAGAGAGGAGUGUUUGAAGAUAAAGUUUCUAAUAUAUGGUGUUUUAUCAAUGUGUUUGUUAAGCUAAAGACAAUAUACACAAAUGAGGAUAUGGCCCAGAUGUGUCUAGUGGCUACGGCGGCAGCUAUCACUCCGUCUUGCCUGGAUCUCUUUCUAAGAAUAAAUAAGAAAAAGUUUGUUUUAGCUCUUAUUAAUGUAUCUUUAGCAUUUUUCCUGUUUUCAUUUCAAGUUCAUGAGAAAACAAUACUUUUAGUCGCAAUACCGGUUGCGUUGCAUUUUCCCGAAGACCCUUUCAUGUGUUUUUGGUUCCUCCUAACCUCAUCGUUCAGUAUGCUUCCUUUACUCAUCAAAGAUGGUUUGAUCAUUCCAUUCGCAGCCACAAAUAUUAUUUACAUCUGCUUUUACAGCAUAUCAAUAAAGUUAUCCCAACCAAAUGCUGGAUUUUUCACAUUUUUCAAUGCAUUCCGUGUUUUCAGCAUUGUCAAACCACUAACAAAGAAAGAUAAUUCCGUUCUUUUCACAUUACUGAGUAUAAACUUUUUCUUUUCGGUAUUGGGUAUGAUAGCUUUAACGAUUGCCUCGAUGGUGGUCCCGCCACCUCCGUUAUAUCCUGACUUGUUUCCUUUAAUGGUGUGCGUGUACUCGUUUUCCCAUUUCUUACUAUUCCUAUUUUAUUUCAACCAUCAACAGUUAUCUAUAUCAAUGAGUCUGCCUGCUGUAACCAAAGUUAAAACCAAGUAGUGAAUAACACAAUAUUGAUGAGGACAACUAGCCCUGAUUUAUAAUUUUUGACGAAUUAAAACUCUGGACUCGAUAGAUGUGUAUUCUGUACAUUUUAAAAAAAGGCGGGAAGAUUUUUUUUUUUUACAUUGUAAAUUGCGCACAGAUAACUUAUUGGCGCAAACAAUAUAGUUUAAGAAGUCUUAAAAUUUUAACGUGAAAGUUGUGAUACAGAUAUAAAGAACAAUACGUGUGGGUAAUAAAUAAUUAUGUCAUAUGGGCUUUAUUUCAUCUCAAUUUUUGAGUUUUAAAUAAUACAUCAUAAAAUUAAGCCUCUUGUGUGGUGUAGGC